AGGCCUGUCGGACCACCACAUGAGCGCGUGCGCGCCAGGCUCGCCAGAAAGUCCCGGAAGUGAGUCGAUCGGCGCGUGCUACACAACAGCACUGGACGCAGUUCUGCAACAGGACACGGAACUGGGCUCCACAAUGGCAAGCCAGGAUCCUGUCAACCCCUCACAUGCUGCGUUUGACCGCUUCGUACAAGCGCACGACUGCAAGGAUGUGCAACGACACUUUGAUGAACUUUGUCAGCAGCUAGACAUUAAUUUGAAGGACUUCAGGAGUUUCUACAGCAAACUGAAAGAAAGGCUGAACUACUGGCGGGCUAAAGCCUUGUGGACAAAGCUGGACAAAAGGGCAUCUCACCCCGACUACCAGCAGAAAAAAGCCUGCACCAAAAACAAGUGUCUCAUCCUUGGGGCUGGGCCAUGUGGUCUGAGGACUGCCGUUGAACUUUCCUUGCUGGGUGCUCAGGUGGUGGUGCUGGAGAAGCGACAGACUUUCUCUAGGAACAAUGUUCUCCAUCUGUGGCCCUUCACCAUCUGUGACCUCCGUGGCCUCGGUGCUAAAAAGUUCUAUGGAAAAUUCUGCUCUGGCUCGCUAGAUCACAUCAGCAUUCGCCAGUUGCAGUUGAUUCUCUUAAAAGUAUCACUUCUCCUUGGCGUGGAGGUUCAUACUGGAGUGGAGUUCAAGAGUCUGAUUGAGCCCACAGGAGAUAAAGGAUGGAUGGUCAAAGUUCAGCCAGAGACUCAUCCUGUUUCAUCCUUUCAAUUUGAUGUUUUCAUCUCUGCUGGCGGAGGCAGGUUUGUCCCUGAGGGGUUCAAGCACAAGGAACUGAGAGGUAAGCUGGCCAUUGGCAUCACGGCCAACUUUAUCAACAGAAACACAACAGCAGAGGCCCAAGUGGCAGAGAUCAGCGGCGUGGCCCGUAUCUACAACCAGAAAUUCUUCCAGGACCUGUUAACAGACACUGGUAUUGAUUUGGAGAACAUCGUAUAUUACAAAGAUGACACCCACUACUUUGUCAUGACUGCCAAAAAAAGGAGCUUGCUAAAGAAGGGUGUCAUCAAACAGGACUUUAGUGAAGUGGAGGAUAUGCUAGCUCCGGCCAACAUUGACGACGAAGCGCUGCGUCGUUACGCCUGUGAUGCCGCUCAUUUCUCAACAGGGGCCAAACUACCAGACCUAGAGUUUGCUCAGAACCAUGCCUGCCAGCCGGAUGUGGCCGUGUUUGACUUCACCUGCAUGCAGCGGGCUGAGAACGCUUCGUUAGUCCGAGAGCGAAGAGGCAGGAAGUUGUUGAUGGGUCUUGUUGGAGAUUGCCUGGUAGAGCCAUUCUGGCCCCUUGGGACCGGCAUUGCUCGUGGAUUUCUGGCAGCUUUUGACACGGCGUGGAUGGUAAGAAGCUGGGGCAUGGGAGCGCCUCAUCUUAAUGUCCUAGCUGAGCGAGAAAGCAUCUAUCAGGUCCUGUCACAAACCACACCAGAAAACACCAGCAAAAACUAUGUCGCUUACAGCAUCGACCCUAAAACACGAUACAUGAGAGUCAACCUGUCCUCCAUUCCGACUAACCAGGUGCAGCACCUUUACGAUAUUGAUAAAUCCAGUCCAUCCAGCAAGAAGCAAAAGAACAGGUGGUCGUAUGAGUGUCAAGAUGCAUUCCAUGGUUUUGAGGAGUUGUUAAAAUGGUGCCAAAACCACACCGCUGGUUACAACAAUGUGGAUGUCAAAGAUUUCACCAAUUCUUGGCGGUCUGGGCGGGCUCUCUGUGUUUUGAUUCACCACUUCAGACCUCAGCUCAUUGACAUGAACUCAGUAAACAUGUCCAGUUCUGUCCACAAUCACCAACGGGCCUUCAGUAUCUUGGAGAAAGAACUUGGCAUUCCACCUGUCAUGUCUGCCAGUGACAUUGCCAACGGCGGUCAGAUUGACAAACUGUCUAUGGUCCUCUACCUCACCCAGGUUAAAGAUGCCUUCACUGUGCCAACACCAGCUCCAGAGCCCACAGGCUUCCUGCCUUCAUCCAAGCCUCUGACUUUCUCCCAGACACACUCUGCUGUCUUUUUCCUCAAUAAACUGAAGCACAAUUCUCUGCAAAGACGCAAGGAGAAACUGGCAGCUGGUAAGCAGCAAGCAACAGAAAACAAGAUAAAGAUGGGAGAAGAGGACAGUACGGUGCCCCCCACACCCCUUGAUCUCAGUCCGCCACCUGCACUUCUGCCUGAGCCUGAACCUGCUUCCCUUUCCCUGGCCAGCAGUGACGAGUGCUGCUUCUGUGGCCGUAGAGUCUACGUGCUUGAGCGCAUCAGUGCCGAGGGAAAGUUCUUUCAUCGCAGCUGCUUGACCUGCCAUCGCUGUGGCAUCACGCUGCGACUUGGAGACUACACCUUCCAUCAGGCCACAGGGAGAUUCUACUGUGAGCUGCACUCGGAGGAACUGGAAGAUACAGCUAGAAUAUCCUCAUAUAAGGAAAGUAAAGAAAAUGGACAGAACAGACUUUCAAGCGAAGGCUCCACACCAUCACCCUCAGAUGAGGAGUAUGAGCACACAACGGACAGUGUUCUUCCACAGUCAUUUUAUUCGGAAGGGCAGGACCAGCAGCUACCUGAUUCCAAAGAAAAUUUGUCCCCUGCUGACGAACAUGCAAAAGCUGAGACUGACGAACAUUCCGCAGCGCUGUACCCUCUCCCCAAACCCCGUCUCUCUCGACAGCCCAUGCCAAGCCCCCAACCCUUUCCUCCAAUAGUAAAACCUCGCACAGUUCACCUUGUCAUUCCUACAACUCCUAAAAUUAAUCCGCCUUCAGCCCCAGAGCAAGAGAUACCUGAACCAGCUCCUGACUCACGCCCUAAGCAGUCGCUACGUAAACUGAAGCUCACAGACGAUGAAAAAGACCAGCUGGUAAAUCUUCUGACCUUCAACACAGACUCUGACUCCGAGACCCGGGGAGGCUCAUCGUCCUGCUCCUCCUCCUCUGUGACAGCAGGAGGCACGAGUCCUCCGAGGCCAGAAGAGGAGGGCUACUGGAGCGGGGGCACAGCUGGUCACUUCCGGGAAAAAAGGAACCGACGUUGCUUUAAAAAAAAAGAGGGACCCAAUGGGCAGCCCAAAUCACGAUCCAAGUUCUCUCCCUGGAAUCUGUCCUCACCGAGGAUCAGCACUCGACUCAGCGUCCAUGUUAGUCAACCUGGGAGAGUCGAAACAACAUUCAGGCAUGCUCACAGCACUUCUGAAGAGAAUGUUGAUGGAGACGAGGAUGAAGAUGAUAUGUUUGAACAGGAUGACUUUGACUUAUUGGAGGAAAAGCUUCAGGCAUUAUCAUCAGACCCUGCAGAGGCAGGUAAGUUGGAAGUUAUGAAGAUGAGGACACUGGAGCGGCGGGCAAAGACGAGUGAGUUACAACGAUUGCGCCAAGCGCAGUCAAUCCAAAGAAGACUGGAAGAAAUUGAAGCGACUUUCCUAGAUUUGGAGCAGAAAGGUGUUGUGCUUGAACAAACUGUGCGAGGAGAAGCUAACAACGACAGCUCCUCUGACAUGAUCGAACAGUGGAUCCAACUGGUCCAUGAGAAGAACGCGUUGGUCUCGGAGGAGUCUGACCUCAUGCUGGCGUCUCGACAGCUGGAACUUGAAGACAAACAGAGCAUGUUGGACUUGGAGCUGAGGAAAUACAUAGAUUUGAAUGACAAGACACCAGAGCAGCAAACCGAAGAAGAACGUGUCCUGCAGCAGAUGAUCGAAGUGGUGGACAUGCGUGAUUCUCUGGUGUCCUUUGUAGAAGAGAAGAGGCUGAAGGACAUGCAAGAGCAAAAGGUCCUCUCUGUCAUGGAGGCCAAGCGCCAUUCCAAGGUGGGAGCUCAGGUUCACUGGCAGUAAUCUGUCUUCCACGCAAAAAAACACAGCCUGAAACAUUGCAAAGCCAAAGAAGACACACCACUGCUGUUGGCCCAUCUUUAAGCAUCAAAGACAAACUUGUGAGCCAUGAAUAUCAGUUUGAUUCCUCGCUAGAGGGAGACAUCAACUGGCAGAUCUGAGGCUCAGCCCUGAGGCCAAGCCCCACCCUCGUCAUUAUAGCUGAUGCACUGCACUGUUGAACAAACAACAGAUAAUAAUCGCACAGUGAGGGACCUGACCUGGAUUUAUUGUGUAAAUGUGCCAAGACAAAGCAGCAUGCAAAGCAAGACUUCAUACUGUUGCAGACUUUGGAGAUGGAUGGGAUGGAAAGUUAGAAAAUAUUCAUGAGUUUUCUGCUUGUCCUAUUGCACACUGAUAAAACACAUUUUUUGUUUGGUACUUUGUAUAAUAAACAAAACCUGGGUGGGGAGAAGUAAAAGGCA